UCCAUAAAGUACUUAAAGAUACAGGACUUUAUGAUACUAUUAGUAAGCUACCUCUUGGAAUUAAUACUGAUAUGAGCAACUCUUAAUCUGUUUUUUCUUAAGGAUAAAAAUAACUCGUUUGUUUAGCUAGAGUUAUGUUAAGAAAUAAUAAACUAAUAGUUUUAGAUGAAGCUACUGCUAAUGUUGAUAUGGAAACUGAUUAAUUUAUUUAAUAAUUGAUAAAGCAAAAUUUCAAACAAUGCACUAUUAUUACUAUUGCACAUAGACUUAAUACAAUUGCUGAUUAUGAUAAAGUUAUUGUUUUAGAUAAUGGCCUGGUCAGCGAAAUUGGAAAUCCCUUUAAGUUAUUGGUUUGGAAUGAUAUUGAUGAAACUAUUACUAAUACUAAUAGUAGCUUUGCUUAAAUGGUUCUACAUACAGGUGAAAAAAAUUCUUAAGAAAUAUUUAAACUAGCUAAAGAAUCAUACUUUUAAAAUAAUAAAAAAUGA